AUGUGCUUAAAGCAGCCGAGGCAGCUUCCGGUGCUGAUAACCCGGAGUGAUGCCGCCGCCUACGACAUUCAAGGGGAGCCCUCGUGUGACAUCACCCUGACAGAACGACCUGCAUCCAACAAACAAGACUGUAUGUGUCACAGCCUCAUGAUGUACAAACGCCAGUCAGGGAGGGAGCCGGGGGAGUGGGGGGUAAGAGAGGGGGGGGGGUGUUUUUGUCCUGUCACACAAACCUUAUCUCCACCACAGUUCUGUCCCGCGGCCACUGGAGCUGCUGCUGCCUUUUCUGCCGAGGUUCCCUCCUUCAGCCGGCGUGACUCAGAGGUUCAUGAUUCACUACAGACCCCCCAUCCCCACCCCCCUCAUCACCACCAGCAGCAUCUUCCUCCUCCGUGGGUUCCAGAAUGCAUUGUGUUCAUGUUGUAG